AUGGAUCUGGAGAGUGCUAUUGGGGGCCACCCAAUCAAGAAAGAUUCAUGGAGAGCUGUUUUAACGUUAGCUUAUCAGAGCUUGGGGGUUGUUUAUGGAGAUUUGAGCACUUCCCCUUUGUAUGUUUACAAAAGUACUUUUGCUGAGGAUAUUAAACACUCUGAAACCAACGAAGAGAUUUAUGGAGUUCUUUCUUUUGUCUUCUGGACUCUCACGCUCAUUCCUUUGAUUAAGUAUGUAUUUAUUGUGCUUCGAGCUGAUGAUAAUGGCGAAGGAGGAACUUUCGCUUUAUACUCAUUGCUCUGUCGCCAUGCUCGAGUUAGCUCCUUGCCCAAUUGCCAACUUGCAGACGAGGACCUUUCGGAAUAUACAAAAGAUGGGGUGGAUUUAACCAACAAGAAGACCUGUGGGUCGAGAUUGAAAUCGACAUUAGAGAAGCACAGAGUGCUCCAGAGGGUUUUGCUUGUUCUAGCUUUGAUUGGGGCUUGCAUGGUGAUUGGAGAUGGAGUUCUUACACCUUCAAUUUCUGUUUUCUCUGCUGUUUCUGGGUUGGAACUUUCCAUGGCUAAACCACACCAUCGCUAUGUUGAAGUCCCAGUUGCUUGUGCCAUAUUGGUUAUCCUGUUUGCAAUUCAACAUUAUGGAACCCAUCGAGUCGGGUUUCUAUUUGCACCAGUUGUAAUUACAUGGCUUCUGUGUAUCAGUGCCAUAGGGCUGUACAAUAUCUUCUACUGGAAUCCUCAUGUUUACCGAGCACUCUCCCCUUAUUAUAUGUACAAAUUUCUGAAGAAGACCCAAAGGGGAGGUUGGAUGUCCCUCGGCGGGAUCCUGCUAUGUAUGACAGGUUCAGAAGCAAUGUUUGCUGAUCUUGGGCACUUCUCGCAGCUAUCCAUCAAGAUUGCUUUCUCUUUUGUGGUUUAUCCAUCUUUGGUCCUGGCGUACAUGGGACAAGCUGCUUAUCUCUCUCAACAUCACGGGGACAGUAACUACCAAGUUGGAUUUUACGUGUCUGUUCCUGAGAAGUUAAGAUUGCCUGUUCUUGUGAUCGCCAUUUUAGCCGCAGUGGUAGGAAGUCAAGCUGUCAUUACUGGCACUUUUUCGAUAAUAAAACAGUGCUCCGCAUUGGGUUGCUUCCCGAGGGUCAAAAUUGUUCAUACCUCCUCGAAAAUCCAUGGUCAGAUUUAUAUACCAGAGAUCAAUUGGACGUUGAUGCUCUUAUGCUUGGCUAUUACCAUUGGCUUUCGAGACACAAAACGCAUGGGCAAUGCAUCAGGCUUAGCAGUGAUAACUGUUAUGCUGGUGACAACCUGCUUAAUGUCUGUAGUCAUCAUCUUGUGCUGGCAUAAAAGCUUUGUCUAUGCCAUUGCCUUCAUACUCAUUUUCGGGUCCAUCGAAUCACUCUACUUUUCAGCAUCUCUCAUCAAGUUUCGAGAAGGGGCCUGGGUUCCGAUCGCCCUCUCACUCAUCUUCCUAAUAGUCAUGUAUGUAUGGCAUUACGGAACACGCAAAAAAUACGAGUUUGAUGUUCAAAAUAAAGUCUCAAUCAACUGGCUCCUAGGCCUAGGCCCCAGUUUAGGCAUUGUCAGAGUACGUGGAAUUGGCCUCAUAUAUACCGAACUCGUCGCAGGAAUCCCCGCUAUCUUCUCCCACUUCGUAACAAACCUCCCCGCCUUCCACCAAGUCCUAGUCUUCCUCUGCAUCAAAUCUGUCCCAGUCCCACAUGUAAGACCUGGAGAAAGGUUCCUAGUAGGCAGAGUUGGGCCAAAAGAGUACCGCCUCUACCGAUGCAUAGCACGAUAUGGCUACCGUGACAUCCACAAGGACGACAUGGAGUUCGAGAAGGACUUGGUAUGCAGCAUUGCAGAGUUCAUCCGUUCCGAGAAAGCAGAAACCAGCGUAAAGCUAGAAGAUGCAGAAGAAAGUGAGAGAAUGACAGUAGUAGGAACAUCUUCAACAAAUGUAGAUGGAGUAAGAAUGUGUGAAGAUGAAGGAGAAACAGCAGAAACAUCAGAGGUAAGAGAGAUAAAAUCACCAAAAAAACUGAGGAAAAGAGUGAGAUUUCUUGUACCAGAGAGCCCACAAAUGGAAACGGAAGCAAGGAGAGAGCUUCAAGAGCUAAUGGAAGCUAGAGAAGCAGGAAUGGCUUUCAUAAUGGGACAUUCAUAUGUGAAAGCAAAGAGGGGAUCAGGUUGGGUGAAGAAAGUGGUGAUAAAUUAUGGGUAUGAUUUUUUGAGAAGAAACUCAAGAGGGCCAAGUUAUGCUUGGAGUGUGCCUCAUGCAUCUACUUUAGAGGUGGGAAUGGUCUACCAAGUUUGAUUUUUGUUUUACUUUUAACUUUGUGCAUUCUCUGGUCUCCCAUUGUAUAUAAUAAAAGCAUUUUUGUCCAACCUUUCAUCUUUCUUCUUUAGGUUAUUUUGGAUCUACUUCUUGUAAUUCUAUAACUAAAGCUUAAAACUUGCCCCCCCAAUAAAUGGAAAUAAAAUGGGCUCCUUUUUUCUUAUGA